CUCGGCAGAAAGAAACACCUCCCAACCUCUGCUUGCUUGCUCCCGCCGCUCCAAAGCUUCGCGUCGCCUGCACCGCACCGGUGGUGCACAGUGCAUCAGCUGCUCGAGCUGCGGCGGCUGGUUCCGGCGCCGGCGAGCGGGUCGACCGAGAGGGCAUUUCCAAGAUGAACGCGCCCAGCUCGUGGCUGUUCGCGGACAACUCCAAGUACAGCACCCGCGCGCGGCUGAUCUUCAUGGGCCUCUCCUUCGCCAUCGGCAUCCUCACCUUCCUCGUCUACCUCGCCAUCUGGUACACCUGCAGCCGGCGCGGCCGCCGCAGCCGCGACGCCGGCGCGGGCGCGGGGGACCUCGAGGCCGGCCUCGCCGCGGCCGCGGCCGAGCGCGGCAUGAGCGACGCCGCGAUCGCCGCGCUCCCGACCUUCUUGUACGAGGAGGCUGACGACGUGGACUGCGCGGUGUGCCUCGGGCAGCUGGAGGCCGGCGAGAAGGCGCGGCGGCUCCCCAAGUGCGCGCAUUUGUUCCACGCCGAGUGCGUCGAUGCCUGGCUGCGCGCGCACUGCACCUGCCCCAUGUGCCGCGCCCCCGUCGGCCCCGCCGCCGCCACCUCCUCCAAGAAGGACGGCACCGCUGACACCCCCACCCCGGCGCCGGCGCCGGCGACGACAGCGACGGCGGAGGCGCUGCCGCUGCCACCAGUCUAGGCUGCGCGUGGCUGCCGGCUCUCCGCGUGCCUGAACCGAGCCGCACGAUCGGAGAAUAGCUAACAGUGAGUGAUCGGUCGGUCGACUAGCUAGCUGACAUAGGACUUAUUAUAGAGGCCUAAUCGAGGUGAUUUAUUUGGUUCGUAGUACGUGCGUGUACAGAAGUAUCUGUGACGUCGACUGUAUUAUUCUUAGUAUUAGAAUUAUUACCAUUCUACUAGUAGAUGGCCAGUUCUGAUUUUUGUUUGAUUGAGUGAAUGAAUCUAGCGCUCC